UCCUCCCCCGCCGCCGUCGCCGCCGCCUCGCCAGCCUCCUCCUCCGGCGGCGGCGCCUGCAAGGUGUAGCUGCUGUUGCCGCCGCCGCCUCCACCUCCUCCUCCUCCUCUUCUCCGCUUGCUGCUGCUGCUGGCGGCGGCGGCUUCUCUUCUGCUCGAAGAGAACCCGGAGAGGCCCCGCCGCCGCCGCCACCACCACCAUGCCGGCCAUCAAAAGGGAGCGCCCGGAUCGCGAGGAGCUGGCGCUGGCCGCCUUCCACCACCCGCAACCCAUGGACUACCUGCUUCCCUUAGCCGCCGCCGCCGCCGCUUCUUCCCUGCCGGUGGUGACUCCGCACCCGCCGCCGGCUUACGAGCAGCUCUUCGCCGCCGCCGUCGCCCAGCAGCAGCAACAGCAGCAACAGCAACGCGCCUACUUGGAGUUCCACGCCGCGGCCGCCCCCCCGCCGCCCCCUCUGCCCGAGGAGCUGGUGCUGGAGCGCUUCUCCUCCGCCUCCGUCGCCGCCGCGCCGGACUUCCAGCCCUUCUUCGACCGCGGCGAGCCCUGCCUGGAGGUGGAGUGCGGCGACAACCGAGCCCUGCUCUACAUCCGCAAACUCUGCCAGGGCAGCAAAGGACCCUCCAUCCGUUACCGGGGCGAGUGGCUCACCCCCAACGAGUUCCAGUUCGUCAGCGGCCGGGAGACGGCCAAGGACUGGAAGCGGAGCAUCCGACACAAAGGGAAAAGUUUGAAGACGCUUAUGUCCAAAGGAAUUUUACAGGUACAUCCACCAAUCUGUGAUUGCCCUGGGUGUCGAAUUUCGUCUCCAGUGAAUCGGGGGCGCUUGGCGGAGAAGAGAACGAUACCCUUGCCUCCCUCCCGGACGCCGAAAAAGGAGCCCCCUGCUCUCUUCUCACACAGCGACAACCACAAGGAGGUGGAAAAAAUCAACGGACAUCACCCUUAUGUCAAGCAGGAAGAGGAGUUGCAUAUUAGUAUCAUGAAAAGAAGCCAAAACGGUGAUCUCACCUCUUUCCUCUCCAACCUUCACCAGAGCCGGCAGCUCGGCAUGCCCGAGACGCAGAACCGCUGCGAGUUCAAAAGAAGCAGCCUCGAGGUUGGCUUGGGAGCAGCAGAUGAAGUUUUAGGCAAACGGAAAAUCUGCCUGCCCGGUAGCAACGGAGACUGUCUUUUGGAGAGCAAAAAAUCUCGAAGCGAAUCCCCGAAAGAAAACUCCCACACGCCCCUGUUGGAGGGCCCGGUGACGCAGAUGACUCCGGAGGAAGAUUACCGGCGGCUGAUGUCCGCACUCAAUGAACACAGCACUUUCGAGGAGCAGCAACAACAACAGCAGCGCCUCUACCAAUUGGCCGGCGGGAUCUCCGUCCCGAGUCACAGUGAUAUCCUCCGAGCGCGUCAAGAGGUCGCCUCGCGAAACCCCAGCAGCCUAGACCCUCACCUUCCCUCGGCCAGCAACUCGGCCAGCCAGCGCAGAAAACAGGGGCUUCCACAGCACCGGGAUUCACACUUCAGUGAGAGGGAGAUGUCCCACCCCCCACCUCUCCUGUCCCCCCAGAAUGCUCCCCACAUCGCUUUAGGGCCUCACUUGAGACCGCCUUUUCUGGGGGUGCCCUCGGCUUUGUGCCAGACGCCAGGUUACAGUUUCCUCCAGCCAGCCCAAGCCGAGAUCUUUGCCCGCCAGCAAGAGAUGCUCAGGAAACAGAACCUUGCCAGGUUGGAGAUGUCAGCGGAAAUUAUCCGGCAGAAAGAACUGGAGAACCUUCAUCGCCAGAGGCUCCUGGCGACCGACCCCAUGACUUUGCACCCGGGUCUGCCCCCAGACCACCCCGCUCUGCGGAGUCUCCACGACAUCCCGGAAGGGCACCCGCUUCGGGACGAGCUCUCCCGGAGGAACGCCAUGCUAGUCCUCCGGCAUAACAACGCCCCGCUGCUAUCGCUCAACCCCCAAGGGGUCCCCGCCGUCUCCACCACCCCUCCCAAGGAGCAGGGCACGCGGAGGGGCAACCGGAAGGCCGCGCACUCUCGCUCCGAGGCGCUGGGCCAGAGCGAAUCCAAAGACUUGUUGGAUAGCCGCCCGCCGGACAGCAACAACGAGGAAAUGAAGGACUCGGAUAGCGACGGCGAAGCGAACGACGAAAAACCGGAUGCUCUGAAGCCCGAGAACAGCGGUGGGGCUGCUGGCGAGGUCAAAGAGUGCAAAGAGGUGGCAAAGAUUGGCGAGAGCGCCAAAGAACUGGGCGAGGUGCCGGCUGGGCAGAACCCACCCUGUAGCUCCACCAAUGCCGAGUUGCCUAGCUAUCUCCUGGGUCCCACCAUCGGCAAAUCGGAGGCCAAGCUACUCCCCACCGCUUCCCUCCCGCCACCCCAGCCGCUGCCGUUUGGUUUCCCGUAUACGAUGAGUCCGUAUUUCCAUGCAGGCACAAUGGGAGGUCUCUUUUUGGAUGGGGAAGAGAGCCCAGCCACCGCCGCGUUGCAAGACGUCAGCAAAUGGACCGUGGAUGAUGUCUGCAGUUUUGUGAGCUGCCUCUCCGGUUGUGCUGAGUACAGUCAGGUCUUCCGGGAACAAGCCAUCGAUGGCGAGACGCUACCACUCUUGACGGAAGAGCAUUUACUCAACCACAUGGGUUUAAAACUCGGCCCUGCGUUGAAAAUAAGAUCACAGGUAGCCAAGAGAGUUGGCCGGGUGUUGUAUAUGGCCAGCUUCCCGGUGGCUUUCCCGCUGCAGCCGCCCGGCCUGCGACCCGCCGAUUGCAACCUUCCUCCCGCCGAGCUUCGCCCACCUUCCACCGGCAGCGUGGCCUCGUCCCCGUACGGAGGGACGCUUCUCCCCAGCCGGGUCUCCCCCAAGCAGGAAAACGGGACCUCUCUCUUGGCGGCUCUGGCCGACGCCCCCAAACUCCCUUCCUAACCUCUGGAUUUUCCGCCGUUGGACAUCCCACUGAAGAAGGAAGUUUCCCACUCCCCCCCCAAGAGGCCGCGUGGAAAUCUGCUAAAAUAUUCAAAUUGGGGGGGGGGAGGAAAUAAACACUCGGCGGAAUGGAGGG